AUGUUCAACAUAAACUUGUAUAAUGAACAAUUAAAAAUACUAUCUGAUCAAAUAAAUUUUAGUAUCAUCGGUUUACGUAUUACUGGAAAUCAUAUUGCAGAUGGUAUACACGUUCAUCGUCAUUUCAAUUAUAUAAUUCGUCAUACUAUUAUUGAUUAUUUUAAUGAAUUUAUUGAAAGAUCAUCAAUAAAUUCAACAGUAUCAAUAUCAACAUCAAAACCAUCUCAAUCUUCUUUUCGAAGUCAAGAAUCUAAUACACUUAGAAUUAAAAAACAUAAUGAGAAAAGAAAACUUAAACGACAACAAUAUACGAUAAAAAGAAAAUUAUAUAAUGAAUGGAAUUUAGAAACAAUAAAAAAAUAUCUUGAUAAAUUAGAGAUUAGAUAUGCUCAUAUUCCACGUUAUUAUAAUUAUACUCUUCGUAUACAAUUUAAUAAUCAAGAUGAUCACGAUUUAGCUGAUAAUAAAUUACCUAUAAACAUAUUUAACGAAAAAAACUAUAAAACUUUUAUAAACAAUGAAUCAUCAUGA